UGAUGAUAAAAGUGGAGAAGAAAUAUUUGAAAGGUUGUAUGUCUGCUUUGCAGCAUGUAAAGAAGGGAUGAAACGAGGGUGCAGGCCAAUUGUUAGUGUGGAUGGGUGUCAUUUGACGAGGCCACACAAAGGAGUUUGGUUAAGUGCGUGUGGAAUAGAUCCCAACAACGGCAUGUUCCCUAUCUGCUAUUGUGUGACAGAAGAUGAACAUAAAAGGUCGUGGACUUGGUUUGUAGAGUUGUUGAUUGAAGAUAUAGGCAUAUAUGAGCAAGAAAAGUGGACUAUUAUAUCAGAUCGACAAAAGGGACUCUUGCCAGCUAUCUAUGAGUUGUUACCACGUAUUGAACAUAGAUAUCGUGUAAAACACAUAUAUGACAACUUCAAGAAGGAGCAUCAUGGUUUGUCGCUCAAAGAUAAGUUGUGGGGGGCUGCUAGAGCUACACACGUGAAUCAGUUUAAGGCUGAAAUGGAUGCGCUAAAGAAACUUGAUGAGCAUGCAUAUAAAUGGUUGGCAGAGAUUAAUCUAACUCACUGGACCAAGUCAUAUUUUAGAACCUCGCCUAAAUGUGAUCUUCUUCUUAACAAUCUUUCAGAGACUUUCAAUUCAGUUAUCUUGGAUGCUAGGAUCAAGCCACUAAUUGGAAUGGUUGAGACAAUUAGAAUUUAUCUACAAAAGAGACUGCAAGCAAAAAGAGAGUACAUCGAAAAAUAUGAUUGUUCAAUUUGUCCUAAUAUUCAAGGUAAGUUGGAAAAACUUAAAGAUCAAUCUAGGAUAUGCAUUAGUUCACAUGCAGGAGGAGGAAAAUUUGAAGUGAGGGACAUGUUUGGUGGCAGAUAUGCUAUUAACAUUAAUGAAAAGACAUGUUCUUGCAGAGGAUGGGAUUUAACAUGAAUACCUUGUAUCCACGGGGUGUGUGCCAUUGCAGGAUCAGGGAGGAAUCCGGAGGCUUAUGUUCAUAAAUAUUAUUCAAAAGAAAUGUUCAUAACAACAUACAAGAAUAUUUUAGAACCGGUGAAGAGUCCUCAAUUUUGGCCACGAAUCAAUAAACCAAUUGUCAAUGCACCUGGAGCAAUUACACUACCAGGCAGAUCGAAAA